CAUUUGGUACCAACUGCCAACUGGUGGUGACGAAUUCCGCUUGACAUUUUUCCAAUAUACAUAAUUGUGCGUAUACACACGUAUAAAAGCGCGUUGCGUCGCAUAAUUUUUGUGAAUUUUACGCUCGUUUAACAACCGCACCGGAACAAGCGCGUCUAUGGCAGAGGCGGCAAGUGGCACACAGUCCACCACCGGUCCCAUUGGUGGAAACAAUGGUGCAGUUCCGGCUGCAAAUAACACGGCUGUGGCAGGGGUCCAUGGCAAUGCCAAUAGCAGUGCAGUAUCGUCUGCUGCAAAUGCGGCCUCGAAUCCAAAUGCGGAAGUCAUACGCGGACAAAUGUUUGAAGUUGGACCACGCUACAGGGACUUGACUUACAUUGGCGAAGGUGCCUAUGGUAUGGUGGUAUCGGCGCUGGAUACAUUAACAAAUACUAAAGUUGCUAUAAAGAAAAUUUCGCCUUUCGAACAUCAAACCUAUUGUCAGCGCACGUUGAGAGAAAUCAAAAUUUUAACCCGCUUUAAACAUGAAAAUAUAAUUGAUAUUCGAGAUAUAUUGCGAGUAGAUAGCAUAGAACAGAUGAGGGAUGUAUAUAUUGUACAGUGUUUAAUGGAGACUGAUCUUUACAAACUACUUAAAACUCAGAGGCUUAGCAAUGAUCACAUUUGUUAUUUCCUUUAUCAAAUUUUGCGUGGUUUAAAGUACAUUCAUUCGGCGAAUGUAUUACAUCGGGAUUUGAAGCCAAGCAAUCUUUUGCUAAAUACCACUUGUGAUCUUAAGAUAUGCGAUUUUGGUUUGGCGCGCGUAGCUGAUCCGGAUCACGAUCACACCGGCUUCUUGACAGAAUAUGUUGCUACGCGAUGGUAUCGAGCUCCCGAAAUAAUGCUUAACUCCAAGGGCUAUACAAAAUCGAUCGAUAUUUGGUCCGUCGGUUGCAUACUGGCCGAAAUGCUGAGCAAUCGUCCUAUAUUUCCAGGCAAACACUAUCUGGAUCAAUUGAAUCAUAUUUUGGGGGUAUUAGGGUCGCCUUCAAAGGAAGAUUUAGAAUGCAUCAUAAAUGAAAAGGCUCGUAAUUACUUGGAAUCGCUGCCAUUCAAGCCAAAAGUACCAUGGGCACGGCUAUUUCCGAAUGCCGAUCCACUUGCCUUGGACUUGUUGGGUAAAAUGUUAACAUUCAAUCCGCACAAUCGAAUACCCGUUGAGCAGGCAUUGGCACAUCCAUAUCUAGAGCAGUAUUAUGAUCCCGCCGAUGAGCCUGUUGCGGAGGUGCCUUUUAGCAUCAGCAUGGAACUGGACGAUCUUCCAAGAGAAACCUUAAAAACACUAAUUUUUGAGGAAACACUUAAAUUUAAGGAACGACAGCCAGAUCAAGCGGUAUAAAUAUUUCUAUGUGUGCAUCAUUUUAAUUGGCGCUUAAUGCACAUGGCAUUUAAGUUAAAACACUACAAAAACAAAGUCAUCAACAACACUUGCUGGGCCAAAAUCUUUAGUGCACUCAGUCAGGCAGUCAGUUAGUCAGUCAAUCAAUCAAACAAACAAAACAAAAAAAGAAAAGCAUUCAAAUUAACUAACUCAAGCACGUUGCCGUUAAUUUUUGGCGCAUACAUUUCAUUGUGAUUCUCGUUACAUAAACAUAUGCAUACAUUUAAAUUGCACUUUUCAUCUUCGUCGUCGUCGUGGUCGUCAUGUUUAAUUAUUUUCUUAACUACUAAGAUAAAUCUAGUAUUUUAAAUGUUUUCCUGUGUUGUAAACAUUGUUCUUACUUACAACAACUAUGAAACUUUAGCAAAAAAGAAAUAUGAAGAAAAAAAAACAUGCAUUAUUAGAUACAAAAGUACGUAAAUUUUAUAUCAAAAAAUUCCAUUUACCAUUUAAAAACUUGUUUCUUUAUUAGCAAUUUCUAUACGUUAAUACAAAUAUAUGUAUAAAAAUAAAAACAACUCAAAAACAAAUUGAACGUAUCAAUCGAACAGUCUUGUCUGUUUCAUCGGUCGCAGUAGAAAAAUAACAAUACAAAAAAAAAAGAUUGCAACAAAAAAAUUAAAGAAUAAACUGGGAAUAAUAUGAAAUUAGCCAAAAAAACAACAAAUGCAAAUUAAAUAGCAAAAUGCAACGCAAAGAGAAGAAAUGGGAAGUUUGCAACAAACGCGCCGGAAACAGUCAGAAGUUGAAUAACUUAAGCGGAAAUGUAUGUCGUGUAGUAGAAUUUACGUAUGUAUUUAAAAAAUUUUCGCUAUUUGUGCACAUAUUUAUAUUUUAGAGUUUACAAACAUAAAGAAAACAUGUUGAAGAAUAUAAAUAAUAAAUUUGAAAUGAAAAUGGAAAAUGUAUAACCAAGAAAGGAAAAUAAUUAAAAAGUAAAAUCAUAUUAGUAAACUACAAGCAUUAGGGCAGUAUAAAGUAAAGUUACAUAGAAAGCAAGCAAGCAAGUAAAUAAAAAAUAUACACGCGAAGAUAUAAAAAUGAAGAUUGCUUUUAGUUAGAAGUGCAUAAUGUAUAUAAAUAUGUAUGUAACUGCGGUCGUUAAUGUCCAUUAACGUCACUUGAUGUCGGUGGAUAUGUAACUGUGAACUUUUGACAAAACAACUUAUAUAAAUAUUUGGCCUUUACUGUUUUUGCAACAACAAAAUAUCUUUGGCUUUCUAAAUGGUGGUUGAAGAGCAACUAACUAAAUCGUUAUAUUAAAUCAAAUCCAGCUAUUCAUUGGCCGACAACUCGAAUUAUAUAUAUAAACAUAUGUUUUCAUACAUAUAUAAGUGGUUUUGUCGAAGUCUUAAAUAUGAAGUGGGCGAAGUAAAGACAUGUACAUAUAUAUAAAGAUGUACGUAUGUACAUACAUAUGUAUGAUAAAUUAUAUGCAAUGAUUGGCUGCGGAAAUAAAUGUUUCGUUAUUCAUAUGUAUUUGAA